CAAUUUGACAUAAGCUCAAGCUAUACAUAGCAACUUAUUUUCAAGAUUAAAAAUGAGAAUGCUAAUAAAGAAAGUGGCUUCGGCCUCAAAUUUAUCGUUCAUUCGGUUAACCGCAAUAAGAUUGAGUUCCAGCGAUUCAAAAGCCAAGUCUCAAGAAAAAGAAAGUCCUAAGCCGGAGCUAGAGGAAGCAGCGAUAAAAAAAAAUAUUGUAGUUGAAAAGUAUGGCGGUAUAAUGACUCUGAACAUAGACCGUCAGACGACUCGCAACAGCCUGGACGAGCCCACACUGCGGGAGAUGGCGGCCGCCUUAGAUGCAUUCGACAAGGAUGCUGAGGCCAAGGUGCUGGUGUUCAACGGAGAGGGUGGCUCGUUCUGCUCCGGGUUCGAUAUGGACGAGAUGAGCGAGAAGGGAUAUUAUGUGCUGAAAGAUGCUGCUUCCCGGUUGCUACGGCGCCCUCUAUGUGAUAAGCCAACAAUAGCCGCCGUCACCGGCUUCGCUGUAGCCGAGGGCUUCGAACUAGCGCUGGCGUGCGACCUGCGGGUCAUAGAGGACACCGCUGUUAUGGGGUUCCUCGGCCGAAGGUUCGGAGUGCCCUCAACGCUGUACGGCGGCCGCAGACUUACAUCCCUCAUUGGUCUGUCACAAGCUUUAGACUUGCUUAUGACCGGCAGACUCGUCUCCGGGACAGAGGCCCACCAGAAAGGCCUGGCUGCUAAAGUCACCGCUACUGGCACAGCCCUAGGAGAAUCAAUAAAACUGGCCAAGUCCAUAUCGAAGUUCCCCCAAAACGCGCUGAUGAUGGACAAGCUAGCCGCGGUCAACUCCCAACUGAACCCGAACAGUGAGGAGUCUAUGCGCGACGAGGCGGUCAUGCAGAGUCUACUGGGCGCUGCUCUGGAGGACUUGAAGGAGGGCGUCAAGAAAUUCCAAGAUGGAAUCGGUAAGCACGGGAAGUUCCACAAUCUGACAGAAGUUCCGGUAGAAGAUUGGGAGUUGGAAAACACGGUCGAAGAAACGGUGGUCACGCACGACGUUGAUAAGAAGAAAUGAACCUUACGUUGCUAGUGUUAAGGUCUGUUAUCCGUUACGAGGAUGGUUCAUAUGGAUGAUGUUAAGCAAUAAUGUGUCAAUCUACAUUAUUUUUUUUAGUUUUAGUAAUUUUAAUUGUAGUUUUAGUUUUAUAUUUAUUUUGAAAUAAGAUGUCAUUUAGCUUACUAGUAACGCGACACGCGAUAAAAGUUUUUGAUACAAACUUUUAUCGCUGACUGUACUUUUCUUUCAACAGGUAACUAUUUAAUACUCAUUCUAACAAAUCCAAAUUUAAGUUGCGUUGUUUUAAAUAGAGAUGCGACGGAUAGUUGUUUGGCCGGAUACCGGAUGUUCGGCCUGACCAUCGGCCGAAUAUUCGAUAACCGGCCGCCGGAACCAUACCUUAUAGGUGCUCAUUAUGUAGGUUUUGACCUGUUUCGUAGUGAACCUUCGCGCGGACUCAUUUCUAAGUACGAAAUGAGUGCGCGUGAAUGUAUUAAUUGUUAAAAAAAAAUAAACGAGUACGAUUAUGAUAUGACCGUGACUGUUUCUCAAAUCCGAUUUGUUUUACUACGAAAUCUCGCCAAGUUACUAUCCGGUAUCCGGCCGGAUAGUAAGACUGAGGGUCGGUUGCACCAAACUGUUCGUAUCAUUAAAGAGUUCGCUAAAUGUGGUUGGUGCAACUGGCCCUAAAUGCCAGUUGCACCAACCACAUUUGACAGACUGAUCAACGUCACCCGGCGCGCCCCAGCGCUUUACUAUGACACUUUCCAUACAUAAAAAUUUAGCGAACUCUUUAACGAUACGAACAGUUUGGUGCAACAGACCCUUAGACUAGAACAAUAAGACUAAAUAUUUGUAUACCUAUAUGGUAGAUCACAGAGUACUAUAUGAAGUCACUGUCAUCUGUAUAUAACAUGUGUUUCACAAAUAAAAUAUUACUUACUUACACGUUGACAUUAUGAUGAUAACUUUACGGGUGAGGCUAUAGUUCGUUUUUUAGGGUUCCGUACCCAAAGGGUAAAACGGGACCCUAUUACUAAGACUUCGCUGUCCGUCCGUCUGUCUGUCACCAGGCCUGGUGUCUGUCUCACGAACCGUGAUAGCUAGACAGUUGAAAUUUUCACAGAUGAUGUAUUUCUGUUGCCGCUAUAACAAUAAAUACUAAAAACAGAAUAAAAUAAAGAUUUAAAUGGGGCUCCCAUACAACAAACGUGAUUUUUGACCAAAGUUAAGCAACGUCGGGAGUGGUCAGUACUUGGAUGGGUGACCGUUUUUUUUUUUUGCAUUAUGGUACGGAACCCAUCGUGCGCGAGUCCGACUCGCACUUGUUUAGCAUUAGGAAGAGCUUGCAAGAAGGUAAGCGAUCUUGACAUGUCUUUUAAUUGAAACGCUUUUUAAAAAUCAAAAACUAUUAUGAAAGCGGAAGAAUAUAAACGAUCGUAUUAGAUUCAUAAUUGUUACAUAUUUGCCGUAACUUAUUUUUAAAAUGUGUUUUUCAACUAAAAGACACGUCAAGAUUGUUUAACUUAUUACUAAUGCUAAAAAAACGAACUAUAGAUAAUAUAUAAACUGUAAGUUUUUGUUAAGUAUUAUGUAGCAUAGUAUUCUAGUCCUAUUUAACUAUGUGACACGAAAUUCAGUGUUUCUUUAAAACUUAUCCCAUUGAAUAAACAGCACAAAAACUUUUUUUAACUACUCUAUGUAUUAUAGAAGAAUAAGAAUAUUGUUAAAAAAUAAAUGUUUCAACCAAGAUUUGUUAAACAAAACAAUAUAUUAUCAUGUUUUGUUUAAUAGAACAGGGGUUUAAGCUAAUAAUAUUCCAACUACAUUUAGUCUGACAUAAAGAGUAAAAAUUAAAAAGUGGCAAUACUGUAGUGUCGUCCCUUUCAAAUCAACCUAUAUAAGAAAACGGGACGACACUACAAUAUUGCCACUUUUUAAUUUCUACUCUUUUGUCAGACUAUUACAUAAUGAAGUAGCUGUACUACUAAUGCCAUCUAUUGGCGAUGUUGAUUAAACCAAAGCAUAUGGUUGUA